CACCCGCGCGCGCCGCCUGGGCGGGGCCCUGCGGUAGCAGCCGGGCUCCUCCUCCCGGCUUUUUCAGGAUCUCCCCCUCUGACGUUCUGGCGCUGUGCUCCUCUGGGCCCCCUGUGCCUCCUCCCAGCCAUGGUGGCCAGGCGCUCCGCGAUCCUCGUGUGCCUCGCUUUCUCCUUGGUUACCCUGACCCAAAGAGGAUCCGGGGACUUUGGCGAUGGUUUCAGUCUGGAGGAUGCACUGGAAGAAACGUCGUCAGUAAAGCAGAGAUGGGACCACAUCACCACUACCACAACCAGGAGGCCAGGCACUACCAGAGCUCCAGCAAAUCCUGCAGGUGAUGAUUUUGACUUGUCUGAUGCCUUGGGUGAUCGAGAUGAUGGCCGCAAGAAGCCCAGUGCGGGAGGAGGAGGAGGAGGAGGGAGAUGGGACCACAUCACCACUACCACAACCAGGAGGCCAGGCACUACCAGAGCUCCAGCAAAUCCUGCAGUAGAUGAUUUUGACUUGUCUGAUGCCUUGGAUGAUCGAAAUGAUCUAGAUGACGGCCGCAGGAAGCCCAGUGCAGGAGGAGGAGGAGGUUUUUCAGACAAGGAUCUUGAAGACGUGUUAGGGGGUGGUGAAUACAAGCCUGACAAGAAUAAAGGUGAUGGUGGCUAUGGCAGCACCGACGAUUCUGGAUCUGGUAUAUCAGCGGAGACAGGCACCAUUGCUGGCGUGGCCAGCGCCCUGGCUAUGGCCCUCAUCGGCGCUGUGUCCAGCUACAUCUCCUAUCAACAGAAGAAGUUCUGCUUCAGCAUUCAGCAGGGCCUCAAUGCAGACUACGUGAAGGGGGAGAAUCUGGAAGCUGUUGUGUGCGAGGAACCCCAAGUGAAGUACUCGGCGCUUCAAAUGCAGUCCGCGGAGCCGUCGGCCCCUGAGCCGCCCCGCAUCUGAGACCCCGCUCAGCAGCAGACACACGCCGGGGGUGCCGCUGCCUGCGACCCUGCUCCCGAUUUCCUUUGGACCCACAGCUGCUGUGCUGCACCACUGCUCCUUCCGUGUCCUUGGCUUCUUGUUCUGAGUCUUCCGGACAAGCUCUGAGUGUUCCCCAGUUUGGUUUCUGUGCUGCACCAAGCAGGGUAGGGUGUCCGUCAUGCCGCAGGCACUCUGAGAUUUGGUGCUGAAACGUGAGGCGUGACUCCAGCACAAAGCCCGUGCUGGCCUCAGAAGCUGCUGGACUGUAGGUGCCCUGGAGCCAGCCUGGCCCAGCCUCAGUGAGCUCUCAAGGCAUUGGGGGUGGGGGUGGGGGUGGGGCAAUGGACAUGAGGGUGGGCAAGAUGCUGGGGAUGCUGCUGCAGGAGGAGAGCAUGUCUGCGCAGAAGACUUUGAACCCAGCGUACUGUGGUCCUGCCGCGUGCUGGAGUGGCUCACGGUGCCAAAGUGUCUGGCAUGAGGUGGCCCCGGGCAGUGGCCUCCAAGAGCUAUCGGGGAGGGAGCAAGUGAGUCAGCACGAAGCAGCAGCACACACGCGCAACACCCAGGCUGGUGGUUUUACUUCCGUCUUUCCAACUGCAGGUUUUAUAGUGUUGGGCUGCUGGAGGGCUGGUCUGCAUUGUAAGCUUUUCAGUUCCUUAAGUGCAAAAUGCAUCUCGUAAGUUUUGCUUUGAGAGUUUAGGCAUCUUCUGGAUACGUAGGAAGCUGUGACUUGCAGGCCUACUUCUCGGAUCCCACGAGGGGGAAGUGUGGUCUUAAAGCUGGUAGGAUUAAGCUUUUAGGAAUCUCUUCUGGGUUAGAGAUGAGUUUGCUCUUGUUGGGUGGGGCAGGUGUUCACCCUCUACCUUGCGACUGAUUUUUCUUUGGGAGAAUGAGCUACAGGUGUCAAAACUAAGCAUCAAAGCCCCAUGCAUGCUUCUUUGCUUAGAAGUGUGUUUGGUGGAGAGGGAAGAAGGGAGAGACCGAGACUGACUUGGCUGCAUGAAAUACACCUGUCUUUGUAGCUCUGUGGUAAACACAGGAGAGCCCAGACACUGGUUCCUCACCUGGCUCAGAGCUGGCUUCUUAGGGUGUUCAACCCAUGUGUGGUUCCACCCCAGCCAGCAGUCAGAGGCUGAGCUGCAGUCUGGGUAACCCCAUGUGAUAAUUGGCUUGCCUGGUCAAAAAGCACUUCUGAAAGCUGAUACGCAUUACCCAGUAGGCAGGACCCCACUUCCAAAACCCACAGACCUCUUUGGAAACACGAGCCACGGGCUGUGGCUUGGUUUCUUUGUGUCCACUGAGCUAAUAUACGCCCUAUGUGUGUGCUGGUUUACAAACCUACUCAUGGUGGGAGGGAGGGGUUGGUAUAGCAUCCUGUCUUGCAGGUACGUGCCUGGCGUGUGCCCGUGGCCCUGGAACACUGGCACACCGGGACUGUGUCUCACAGGGGGCUGCAGCACUGAAGAAAUGCCCCAUGACACCACGAAGGGAAGGAUGGCCUCACGAAGCUCCCUGUGCUGCGGGAAUCCAUUACCAUGGCAGCAUUGCUUGCAAGAGUUGCCCAUUUCCAGAGCCUCCCACCCUGGCCAGCCUGUUGUCAGGUGUGUCCUUCCCUGAUGCCCCAUGACAUGGCCAUUGCAAGGCUGGAGGUGGCUAUGGUGGAUUUUUGUGUCCAUGGCCUGUCGUGACCUAGAAAGGCUGAGCUGGGGGGAGGGGGAGGCUGUUGUCCAGCAAACAUUUGUGGUAAACCCUGGCAAAGACCUUGGGACGCUCUAGCUGUGAUGUCCAGUAAACAUUCUGAAGCUCCUUUAUCCAUAGCACGACUUGGGGAAAGCGUCCUGUUUUGCUGUUAUCUCUGUGCCUUCUGCAUAAAGGCCACAGCCUGGGCCCUAGGCAGUAGCUGCCAGGGCCUGGUGCUGGGACAACCCAGGGCCGCCUUUGCAGAGCUCCCCUCCCCGGGGUUUCUCCCAACAACAUUUUACCCUUGCUCAGGAACUGUGACCUGCAGAAGCCCAGGGGCUCCUGUUGUACUGCCUGCUUAAUAGUCUCACUGGCCAGCUAGGGCCUGCCCCAGGUGAUGGGAAAAAGUCAACAAGUAACCAGGAAGGGACAGUUAAAGACGCAGUGAAAAGCAGUGUUGACAGUGACAACUCUGAGCACAUUCAGCAGCUCUAGGAAGGAGUUGCAGGAGCCAGGAGGUGAUAGUUUAAUGGGAUGGUAGGCCCUCCUGGAGGAGGCCAGGUCCACUGGCUUGGCCACUCGGGCUAGGGGUUAGCACCAGUUCCCUGAAGGCGAAGUGGAGGCUGAGCUCAGCAACCCCUGUACAUUUUUCUAUGUGCUUGUGUCCAAGAAUGAAUUGUAAACUGUCUAGUGUUUGCAUUAAACAAAAUGGAACCCAACAGAUCCAUGUAUUUGUGAUGAUGUAAAGACACUUCCUUUGUCUAGUGAUGCUGGUCUUUUCCUAGUCACUUACAAUGCGGUACUGACCUCAUUCCUCUAGUCCCCAGCUAAAGGUAUUGCUCUGGAAGGUCAAGAGUUCUUGCAUCUGCCCCUGGACGAACAGCUUAGGCUCAGGGCAUCUGGUG